GUAUAAACUACAGUAAUUAAUUUCUCUCUGCCUCCCUCUGUCUGCAUCUUUCUAACUUAAUUUUUAUAAGUCUCCGGACACAUUGCUUCCUUCAUACAUCGUUCAUACAAUAUACACACACACACACAUAUAUAUAUAUAUAUAAUGUAUACACACGUACAUGUAUAAUUUUACUCUUGCUUCUCAAUCUAUGCAUAUUAAUAAUGAACCUAUGUGUGUGCGCGUAAAUUUCAUGUGCAGAUGGCCAGAAAACCUUCCAGAGAUGAUACUUAAUCCAUUUCCUAUAUUUCCUAAAUAACCCACCGCACAAUAAUGGAAAAAGUGUGUGAGUGAAUGAGAAGAAGACUGUUGUUUUUUUAUUAAAAGCCGCGCUUUUAAAGAUUAUACACUGAAAACAAACAAUCCACAUUCGUAUACAAAUGUUUGUAUUUACAUACACUCACGCUUUCGUAUUAUAAAUCGCUGGAUUUUGUUUUUUUAAAUUGUUUUUUUCUACAUACUUUUGUUUAUUAAUCGUUUUAUAUUUAUAUUUAUACACUGUUUAACUAAAAUAAUAUAUAUAUAUCUAUAUAUAUAUAUAUAUAUAUAUACCUCCUCCCUUUCUCCCUGAAAAGGAAAACCAAAAAACAAAUUGCUUAAUGGAGUACCUGUUAUGGAGCCAAUUUAUAAACAAAAGAUUUCAGUGCUUCUGUAACUGAGAUCGUGAAAGAAAGAAAACUAAAUCAAAUUGCUGUUUAAAUGUGUUCUAUGUAUAAUUGAUACAUAUAUAUCUUGUAUUGCUAAUACGCCAAAAGAAAUUUUGUUUUUGCAAGGACGAUACGUGGAAAAGACUACCUAAAAACUAUCAGAACGGCUGAUCAACAAUGUCAGGUCGUGGUUCUUGGAACAAACGGUCAACUGUCGGAGUCUUUGACUUCAAUGAGGAUCGCAAAAAGCGUUAUAAACACAAGCGGUCGCAAUUUUACAUGCACAAGACUGCACAUUUCACCACAACUGGGCCACCAUCGUCGGCCAUGGUUUCAUCCUCAUCACCCCCAGUUGCCUCUCUAACAUCUCCAUCAUCUGCCGGAUCAUUACCAUCGACGAUGUUACCGUCAGCAGUAGCUGACAGAAGUAAUAAUAAUAAUAAUAAUAAUAAUAACAACAGCAACAGUAAUAAUGUUAAUAAUAGUAACGUAGCUUCUCAUUCCGUUCUCUCCCCGAACCCAUCGCUUUGUGCUACUUCCAUUAUUUCGCCUACUUCCACUACCUCCACUCCUAUUUCUUCUCUUUCCUCGACAUCCCAGCCAUCGAGCAAUUUGCUCUCUCGGCCAUUACUGUCUGCUGUCCAGAAAUCAGCAACAAGCAGUAACAAUGUGAAUAGCGGAUCUAAUCUGCACCACCAUCACCACCACCGUCAGCAACAGCAACAUCUACAGAUUCACCAGCAGCAGCAGCACCAUCAGCAUCAUCAACAACCACAUCAUCGUCACCUCUCUUCGGUGAACAAUACUGGAUUGCUAGUAGACAACAACAACACUACAAAUAACAACAUAAAUAAUUCUACUACUACUACUGCUAUUACCAACAACAUCAGCGGCGGCAGCAGUUCUGCAGCUGGCAACCUUAACUGCCGACGAUUACCUUCUAACAACAGUAUGAAUGUGACCAGUUCAGCCAGCACUUCGCUGACCACUGGUGUGGCGAAUAUGGGCCUCGGUAGCAACAGCCCCACAAACAAUAGCAACAGUAGUAUGGCGGGCAACAAAGGUAUGGUGAUGAUGUCCCCUUGCAACAUGGGGACGGCUCCUUCCAGUGUUUCCUUUCAUCGUCCAUUAGGUUUAAGAAACGAUGUGUUAGCUUCACGUCUGCACAGUCUCUGCUCGAUCAAGCCCUCGAAUUCGUCGGCUCCAUCGUCGACUUCGUCAGUUUCCAUGAUGCCAUUGCCCCCAAACAGCAAUCUUCCUUGUCCGAACGUUGCCAACCCUCAUGCCAUGACCACAACUACUGCUCUGGCUAACACCACCUCUUCUACCGGCAUCAUCAGCAGUGGUACUUCUAGUAGUAGUGUUAGUAAUAAUAACAGUAAUAAUAACAAUAAUAGUCACAGCCAUGGCACGGGAAUCUCCUCGUUAAACAACCUGAAAACUUGCCUUCCAGAUGGCAACUCCAUCAUCAUGAGCAACAACAAUACAACAACUUCUAGUAGCAGUAACAACAACAGUAAUAUUCAUUGUAAUAAUAGCCAGAUGGGCUUCAGUACAAACGCGGCAGCUAUUGGUAGCAAUACUAGUAACAAUACUAGUAGUAACUUACUGACUGCUACUUCCGGCUCUGGACCUGUUCAAACGAAUGAGACUGGCAAAACUGUCAAGAAUACCAGACGCCAUCACAUGGCUACUGAUCGAAUAUACGAGUUUGAAUCCAGUCCCCCGACGAGCGAUGUAACCGAGACCCCUGCCCAGGCGGCUGUUCUGAUCGAUUCUCAACAAAGAAAACCUAUUUGGUCACCUGCAAAAACCAAAAGCCAUGAAAGCUCUAAGACCAAAGACAACAUAAGUGAUUCUGACACAACAAACAAAGAACAAACCAUGCAGACACCAGAUUCAGAAUCCCACAUUGAACUUCGAAGGGGACGUAGUGCACGAUCAGUACAGAAUAAUGCUGUUGAGCAGAGGCCUGUUCGCAAAUGUUCAGAAUUCAAUGAAACACAGCUGGCCUUUCUGGAGUCACAAUGGCAACUAGGAAUGGUGUCCAUUUCCCGUGAUUGUUGGAAGAUGAUUGACGAUACUGCUGAAUGUAUUGGAAUUUCAUCAGCUCGAGUAAAACGGUGGAUCCAAGAGUACAGCAAAGCUCAUGGCUUAGUCAUAGAUGAACCUGUCACUAGAAAACGCAAAUUAUCAGAAUCCAAAAAUACAGAUGAUUUUAGUUCCGAUACUGGAGGGGAAGAAAAUGAAGAACCUGAGAGUGCAGCAAAAAAGAGUAAGAAAAGUCCAUCUAGAAGCAAGACCAAAGAAAACAGAGAGACGACAGAUAAAAAAGAAACUAACCGGAACCAGAACAAGCGUGAACAGAUUGUGGGAUUACUGGGGAAGCUCAGCCACACCUGUUCAUCAUUGUCAUCUCUUGGUGUUGAAACUGCCUGUCUAGCUGUCAACAAACCAGUUGUUUUCACACUAGGUAGUAAAUAUGGUACAAACUUCCUUAAAAAAGAAAAGCAAUUACAGAACAAAUUUCUUGCCUACUUAGCCAAGGGCAAAGAUCAGCCCAAAAACAACCGUAAGAAGCUUGCAGAAGAAGUGAAGGCCUUAUUCAAUGAGAAGUUUUCUUUAUGUUGCGGCAGUACUCGGACCAUGCCAUAUGUUAAACUGGAAAAAGAUCCUAUGUUUAUCGACAUUGAAGGCUUCCCAGAUGGCAUUAUCCUAAAAAGACCACAAUCCUAUGGAAUAUCGGAUCUUCGGAAAAUUUUAAAUGCUUCUGAAAAAAUCCAGUUUCACCUAAAGAAUCCACAACCAAACAAAAAGAAAGUCACUUCUAACCCAACACCAAAGAAAGAAAAUACGAGUACAGAAUCUACAGAAAACAAUUUACCACCUCCUACUUUACCUGCUCAGUCCAAUGAUACACAGCCUAAUAAAGACCUCCGAACAAAAUCAGACAGUUUUGCUAAUAGUGGCAACAAAAGGAAUAAUUCCACUCCUCCUCCACCUCAGCUUGAACCUGAACGUCCACAACUUGAGUUGAACAAGGAUUCAAAAACUAAACCAGAUCAAGUUCCAAAAUUUGGUACAGUUGAGCCUCAGUUCUCAACGUUACCAAAAGCCUUUCAGACUUCAGGGAACACUCCAGGAAGUGAGUCUUUCUUACACAGUUCGUAUAUGACUACAAAUUCAAACACGGGUUCCCAGGCACAAAACCCCAAUAAAUCCUUACAAAUGAGACAAAGUGCUGCAUUUGGCAGCAAGCCUAUUGUCACAAGCCCUGCAUUCUUGCAGCACAGAACUACUUUCGGUUCUGGGAGCAGUCGCCGAAAAGCUCUAGAAUUAGCACGCUCAGAGCAGAAAGCUCAGGAAGAGAAAUCUAAAAAGGCUGUUGAGACACUGAAACCUGUUGAGCAGCCCAAGACUGAUUUUCAGCAGAAUUCAGAUAGCAAGUCUGUGGCCAAAUUUGACAUCAGUUCAAGAUCUGUUGAAGCUUCCAAAUUUAAACCAAUUGAUUCAAUGCAAUUGAAACCUAUGGAGAGCCCUAAGUUUAAGGGCAUAGAAAUUGCUAAAUUCAAACCUAUAGAGAGUGCUAAAUUCAAACCAAUGGACAGUAAGUUUAAACCUGUAGAAACGACCAAAUCUGACAAAAAAUCUACUGACAGUGAUCAUGUUGUUGAAAAGAAAAAAUCUGAAACACCAAAAUCUCAAAAGAAAGAAUCAGAAAAUACAAAAUCACAGAAGUCUAAAGAUUCUGAUGGCAAAUCAGGAACUGAAAGUGAAGUUUUUAUCGUAGAGAAAGUCUUAAAGAAACGUGUGCAAAAAGGUCAUCAAGAGGUUUUGGUCAAAUGGAAAGGUUACAGCAAUCGUUACAACUCAUGGGAACCAGUGGACAACAUUUUCACCAUGUAAACCUCUCAGUUUCUGGGGAGGAGGGGUAAAAGUAAAAUAAAUAAGUAAAAAAUAAUACUUUAAAUGAAAAAAAAAAAAAUUAUCACAAUGAAGUAGAAAUCAUUUCAGCUUGUAGAACAGAUUUUCACUAGAUUGUUGGUUCUGCCAACAUCUAAUCACAUGACUAUUUGCACUACAUUUCUUUUUUUUUUUUAAAUAAUAAUUAUAAUUAUAAUUAAUAAUAAUUAUAAAGUUUGGAGAGCAAAGGAUCUCAGGGCUAGAACACAUGGAAAUUUCUCUCUCUAUCUCUUGUUUUCCCCUUUCCCCUCCCUCCCCCCAUGCAAACACAUAUACAUGCACAACAUACAGAAAGAAAAGAACUCUAAGGUUACCUUCAUAAAAAUUCCCCUAAGAAAAUCUUUGAAAAUUCCAAAAUAUUCAGAUUUAGAUUAAAAUAUGGAAAAGAAAAAAUAUAAUAUAUAUAUAUAUAUAUAUAUAAAUAAGAAACUUAACAAGAAAUGAUACUUGAAUUUUUUUGUUUAACCACCUACCACCAAGGCCAAUAAUUUUUCUGAAAAGGAUUUUUGUCAAAAUGAAAAUGCAUCUUGAAUCUUGUUUUAGUCUACUUAGCAUUAGGGAGAGACAGCAUUAAGUUUUUUUUUGUCUUUUCCUUCUUUCUUACUUCCCUCUUUUUAACUCUUCUUUCUCAAAUUUAAUUUCUUCACAAUGAAUUAUUGCACAGAAUUUGUCUACAUGCUAGUAAAUACUGGUAGAAUGCCCGAUUUGUAUGUAGGAAACUAACAGAUUAAAAAAUUCCCGAAACGUAUGUCUGCUUUUGUACUAAGCAAGGGGAGACUUUUAUACAUGUUUCUAUAAGUGUGCAUCGUGCAUGCACAUGCAUGCAUUAUGUGUGAUACUAAGGCAGUGUUAACAUCUUAAUAUGUGUUUGUGUGUGUAUAUGUGCCUUAAUGUUACUGGGUUUUGAGUGGGGCAGGACUGGAUUUGGUCGACACUAUUAUGUCGAUUACAACCUAACUAAUAGGAAUAAUUAAGAAAGAAUAAAUUCUAUUGGAAUUUCAUUUUCUAGCAUUGGUUAAGUGAAACAAUAGUUUAAAUUUUGCGUAUGUAUAAUAUAUAUAUACAUAUAUAUAUGUAUGUAGAAGAGCAUAGGCUCGAAACGUCAAAGACUCUUCCAUUUUUCCUGAGCGUCAAAUUAAUACACCUUGUUCGUUGUUCCCUCAUCUGUCUGUGUCUAGUUUUCCGUACAAUUUUGAACCACCAUGCGUAUAGUGUGUGUAUGUAUGUAUGUAUGUAUAUAUAUAUAUAUAUAUAUAUAUAAUGUAUGUAUGUAGAUAUUUGAUUAAUGAGAGAGAUAGAUGGGAAAUAUGAGAAUGUUUAGUAAUCACUACAAUUUUUUCAACUCAUCUAACAUUGAUCCCUCACAGGUGGGAUACUGAACAACUGGUUUAGAAGUAGUUGUCGGUGUAGAUGUGUCUCUUCAGGUGAUUACAAGACAUAUCUCCUUGAAAAGCAGCAAGUCGGUGUGUGUGUGUAUGCAUGCAUACACGCUCAGAAGUUCUGGUGAUUCACAGAAUUUCUCACAAUGAAAUGAAUCCCCUGCUUCUUCCAUAUGAAUAAACACACAAUUAAGGAGUUGGGAGUAAUUUCAAAAUAGAAAAACAAGUUUUCUAACAUAUUUAUCAGAUUUUCAAAGUUUUAUUUGAGUAAGUUCAGUUCUUUAUUUCAUCUUCUCCCUUUGUAGUGUAAACUAGAAUAUGUACGUUAUAUAAGAAACAAAAAAAAACAUAAUCUAAAGACAAAAAGGAAAUGAUUGAGUUAUUAUUACCAGCAUAUAUCUCAUCAAUUCAUAGCAACAACCCCAUUGUCAUUUUUAAUCAACAACUAUAAUAUUUUUAAAAGCAUUUUAUUCCCCGUCACCAUGUCCAUACAAAACCCAGAACAUUUAGAAAGCUUGAAAAUUUAUCAAACAUUUCUGCUAAAAAUAAUAUCUUGAUCAACCCCCUGAAAGUCACUAUUGUCAUCUCCUGUGUAGAUUUUUCAAGAAGGUUCUAUUUGUUUUUUUGGGUUUUUUAAAAGAAAAAAAAAUUUUUUUUUUAACAAUUCUAUCUCCAAACUUGUUCUGGCAAAAAUCUUUUAAGAAGCAGAUCCAUUAAAUAAAAAAAAAAAAAAAGAAGCGGGAGAGAAAAUACAUCUCCUAAACAGUAGCAAUAUGAACAAAUACCUAAAAUUUUUUUUUUCUCUCAUGGAAUGAAUAAAAGAAAGAAAGAAAAAUAAUCUAAAAAAAGAAAAAAAACAAAGAAAUGAAAA